AUGCCUGAUACGCGAAUAUGGACCCGUGUUUACCAGUGCGUCAUGUGCCAUUCACGACGCGAUCUCCAGAAUCUUUUCUCUCAACUCACCCAACUCUUCCUCGUUCCACGAACGUCGACCCAGCGUCACGAUAGCCCGACAGUAACGGAAAAGUUCGCGACCUACUUCGCUAUCACGACCAUGAAAGAAGAAGAUAUCCUCGCGCGCCAAUCCCGUCCGCAGAAACAUUCUACCUGGGUUCCCAAAAGCCGCGACUGGCGUUAUGCGACCGGUGUUUUCCAACACGAUGAUAACGAAACCGCGCCCAACGAUCGGUCGGCGUGGGACGACAUGGACUACGACUAUCAGGUCGCCGAUCCGGGAAAGAGCAGGAGUCGGAGUGGCAGUGGGCAGAGCUAUGGCGACAUCAAAGCGGUCGAUGUAAGCGCCCCGGUGUCGGCAACUCCAAAAAGCGCAAAGAAGAGAGCCCUCUCGGAUAUCCCGAAAGCCACCGUAAAGAUCCGAGCAUUCAAGAGGAAGUCAAAGUCAAAGGCUGCAAAGAAGAACGUAUGGAUGUCAGUAGCAAGGCGCCAACGGAUCAGCCAUGACGAUGUAGAGGGCGCAGAGCCAGACUACCGGACCUAUAGCUUGACCGUCAGGUUGCGCUUCUCAGGCAGGCUCAUCAUAGAGGAUGCGCUUCCGGCUGUAUCAACACCAGGCCCUAUGCAUCUCCAACAAAUACCAGACACACCUGCGAACUUCAGCAUACCCUUCGAUCCUCAUACCCCCGCCACAGCUCGCACCGCGGUCUCACUCUACACACCGCACAUGUCGCAUUCGGGCGAAUCCGUACACACAUAUCCGCCCUUCCAGCGUCCGUGGGUAGACGAAACGAAGGACUUCAACAUGCGGGCAGUCCGCGGCGUUCUACAAAAGACCGGGUUCGUAGGAAAGGACCUCGGAGUGCAUUAUACAUGGUACAACGACGCAGUUCCCGUAGACGCUCUGCUACCCCCUGGAGUACCUCUAUCCGCCAAAGAAGUCAUGGCCUACUACCCCCACCACGUCCGGUGGAAAAGCAUGAUGGUCCGACUAGCGAACAACGACUAUCGCGGUGCGGAUAUCGUUGGUAUGCAGGCAUUCUUCCGUGGCCCCCCAACAACGGACAUCACAGCCGCAGUCAUGAACCAGUUCCAACGCGACUCCGUCGAGAAGAUCAUCGAGAGCUUCAAGACCGACACUAUUAACGGAAAUCAUGAUGCAAACUUACAUACCGACCACCUGAAGCCAGGUAGAUACAUCGCGGACAGACGCAGCGGCUACGUCAUGCCGACGUUUGGUGAUCUCUUGGGUGGUCUGAACCAUCUACCGUCUGGUCUUGAUGCGCGUGGCCUGACAGAGUGCCUGAGCUGGUAUCUCCAUGUCCGGGACUCUUUCACACCGAGGCUAGAGUUGAACGUCCUGCAUACCCAAGCUUUGAUUCGCGCGCUUCGCAUACCGCUCAAGCGGUAUGGACCGCAGAAUCUAGAUUGCAAUGCGCUCAAAGAGUGGAAAGAGAAGGGGAGGUAUGAGGAGCGGAAGGUGUACUACGAGCCAGCUAGACCUACUUCUACAGAACCAGGGGAUACCGCGCAGAAGAGGUCGCGACUGCACAUGAACCUAGACAACCACGAAGUCAAACUCGACUACCAACUCCAGCUCCGUCACGUCCUCACAACCCCUUUCCUCGCUCUACACAGGGCCAUGGGCGAGGCGCUCAAACUGGGUAUCGAGAAAGCCGAGAACCGGAUGACUGAGCGGGUGAGCGCUGAGGGGAAAGAGAUGUUGGAAGCUAAGUGGGCUGCGAGAGUAGCCGAGAACGCGGAAUCAGAAGAACAGGUACAGAAUGUGGAAGCGCAGCAACUACAAGCGAUGAUGCAGAAGCCCGAACCGUUGUUCAAGUAG